GGUCUCCCCUCCGCCUCAGAAAAAGAAAAAGAAAAAAUAAAAAGAAGAAAAUCCAGAAAGAAGAAGUGAAGCAACAAUGGCAACUACUCUCCCACCUUCAACUCUCCACCUCCCUAAGCCUAACCCCACAUUCCCAUCCCAACCCCGGCCUCUCAAAUUCCCCGCGCCUCCCCCUCCCCGCGCCGCCCCAGAAGACCCCCCUUCGGAAAGCUUCGAGGAGCGCCUCUCGCAAGUGCGGCUCCGGUACCGCAGCGGAUCGGGGAAGAAAGCGGAGGUGCGGAAGAGCCGGAAGGGCAAGAAAACCGGGUCGGGUGCGAGCGUGUUCCUGCCGCCUGUGGCGCUGAAAGAGCCCAAAUCGGAAGGGCUGAAUGUUGAAUUCGGGUUCAGCCCUUAUUCGGAGCGGGUGAACGGGCGGAUUGCGAUUCUGGGAUUGAGCGCUCUGUUUCUGGUGGAGCUGGCCACGGGUCAGGGCGUCAUUAACUAUCACACUCCCUCCAUUGUCUUCCUUCAGAUUUACUUCGUGGCCGCGGUUUCCGCCAUUUAUGUCAAAUUUGAGAAAGAGAAGAUCAGUGUUUGGCCCAAAUGAAAUUCUAUUCAUUUUCUUUUUUUUUCUUGUUUCGGAUUCCUUUCUGAUUUUUAUUUUGUGGUGUCAAGAAUUAUGAAUCAACAGAUUUUGUGAGUAUAACAAGUAUUCGCACAAUUUCAACUCUCUAAGUCUAUGAGGUUUUUUGUUCA